UGGCCAUGGGGGUCCCCAAGUUCUACCGGUGGAUCUCGGAGCGGUACCCCUGCCUCAGCCAGGUGCUGAAGGAGCAUCAGAUUCCAGAAUUUGACAACUUGUACCUGGACAUGAAUGGCAUUAUACAUCAGUGUUCACAUCCAAAUGAUGACGAUGUCCACUUCAGAAUCUCAGAAGAUAAGAUUUUUGCCAAUAUUUUUCACUAUUUGGAAGUACUGUUUCGCAUUAUUAAACCAAGGAAGGUUUUCUUCAUGGCAGUUGAUGGAGUAGCUCCAAGAGCAAAAAUGAAUCAGCAGCGUGGGAGACGUUUUAGAUCAGCAAAAGAGGCAGAGGACAAAAUAAAAAAGGCAUUGGAAAAGGGAGAAACUCUCCCUACAGAAGCCAGAUUUGACUCCAACUGCAUUACACCAGGAACUGAAUUCAUGGCCAGAUUGAAUGAGCAUCUUAAAUAUUUUGUAAAUAUGAAGAUUUCCACAGACAAAUCCUGGCAAGGAAUAACAGUCUACUUAUCAGGCCAUGAGACCCCAGGGGAAGGUGAGCAUAAAAUUAUGGAGUUCAUCAGAUCAGAAAAAGCAAAGCCCCAUCAUGAUCCAAACACAAGACACUGUCUCUAUGGCUUAGAUGCUGACUUGAUAAUGCUGGGAUUAACAAGUCAUGAGGCACACUUUGCGCUCUUAAGAGAAGAAGUCAGAUUUGGUGGUAAAAAGGCUCAAAGAGUGUGUGCACCAGAGGAAACCACGUUUCAUUUACUGCACUUAUCACUGAUGAGAGAAUAUAUUGAUUAUGAAUUUUCUCCAGUAAAAGACAAGAUUUCUUUUGAAUAUGAUAUUGAAAGGAUAAUAGAUGAUUGGAUCUUAAUGGGUUUCCUUGUAGGAAAUGAUUUUAUUCCUCAUCUACCUCAUUUACACAUUAAUCAUGAUGCACUGCCGCUACUUUAUAGAACAUACAUGGCUAUUUUGCCAGAACUGGGAGGUUACAUCAAUGAAAAUGGGCAUCUGAAUUUAGAACGUUUUGAGAAAUAUCUUACAAGAUUGUCAGAUUUCGAUCGUGAGCACUUCAGUGAAGUCUUUGUUGACCUAAAAUGGUUUGAAAGUAAAGUGGGUAAUAAAUACCUCAACGAAGCAGCUGGGAUUGCAGCAGAGGAAGCCAGAAAAAAUAAACAAAAGAAACAAAAGGCUCAGGAAAAUUCUAUAUCUUUGGCUGCUUUAGAAAAAAAUGAAGGUGAAGUGACCCCUAAAACCACAUUGGAAGAUGAACCAGAAGAUGAUGAUCUGUUUGAAACUGAGUUUAGGCAAUACAAAAGAACUUACUACAUGACUAAAAUGGGUGUAGAAGUAGUGUCUGAUGCCUUCUUAGCUGAUCAAGCUGAAUGUUAUGUCCAGGCAAUACAAUGGAUUUUGCAUUAUUAUUACCAUGGAGUUCAAUCAUGGAGCUGGUAUUACCCUUAUCAUUAUGCACCUUACCUGUCAGAUAUUCACAACAUCAGUGAACUCAAAAUCAAGUUUGAACUUGGAAAACCUUUCAUGCCAUUUGAACAGCUUCUUGCUGUACUUCCAGCAGCUAGCAAAGAUUUGCUACCUAAAUGUUACCAGCAUUUGAUGACUAGUCAAGACUCUCCUAUUAUAGAAUAUUAUCCACCUGAUUUUAAAACUGACCUAAAUGGUAAACAGCAGGAAUGGGAAGCUGUAGUAUUAAUCCCCUUUAUUGAUGAGAAACGACUGCUGCAGGCCAUGGAAUCCUGUAAUAAGGGCCUAAAAGAAGAGGAGAAACGAAGAAACACUCACAGUGCUUGCUUGAUGUACUGGUAUGACAAAGAUGCUGAGUUCCAGUACCUGUCACCAUGGCCAGAGAAAUUCCCUGCAAUAGAACGAUGCCACACGAGGUAUAAAACAAUACCUUUGGAUGCUUGGCAUGUAGAAAUAACCCACAAUAAGAUAACUAAAAUCAACAAGAGUGCAUUGUAUUUUUGUGGAUUUCCUACUUUAAAGCACAUUAAACAUAAGUUCUAUCUUAAAAAAAGUGGUGUGCAAGUGUUUCAGCAAAGCAGCCAUGGAGAGAACAUGAUGUUGGAAAUCAUAGUUGAUGAGAACUCAAAGGACCAGGUGGUAGAAAAUGUUGCCAGUUCGAUACUUGGAAAGCGAGUUUUUGUUAACUGGCCCCACCUUGAAGAAGCCAGAGUUGUUGCAGUGUCAGAUGGAGAAACUAAGUUUUAUUUGGAAGAACCACAUGGCACACAGAAGCUUUACAUGGGAAAUGCAGUGCCCCCAACCAAAGUGGCUUAUGUUGGAGAUAAGGAGCAAAGCAUGUGGGUAAAAGAAGUUCAAGGCAUUUCGGAGCAGUACCAGAGAAGGAAAGGAAUAAUUAUCCAUGAAACAUCAGUAGUGGUAUAUGCUCAGUUACUCACUGGUAGUAGGUAUCAACUAAACCAAAAUGGAGAAGUUUAUUUGGAGAAGCAGUGGUCUAAACAAGUUCUUCCCUUCGUUUACCAAACAGUUGUCAAGGAUAUCAAGGCCUUUGACUCUCGUUUUUCAAGCAUCAAAACUUUGGAUGAUUUGUUUCCUCCUGGAAGUACAGCCUUCAUGCUGGGAUCUCCUUACUAUGGCUGCAUGGGAGAAGUUCUUGAUUCACAUGAUGUGAUCCCAGAAGGCAGAAUCCGUGUAGUUUUUAAUAUUCCCUGUGAACCCCAGCUUGAUACUUUAAUACAGAACCAGCAUAAAUAUUCUGUGAAAUACAAUCCUGCAUAUAUUUUGGCCAGCCGUCUUGGAGUAAGUGGAUAUCUUGUCUCCAGAUUUACAGGGAGUAUCUUUAUUGGAAGAGGAUCAAAGAAGAAUCCUCAUGGUGAUCACAAAGCAAAUGUGGGGCUAAACCUGAAGUUCAACAAGAAAAAUGAAGAAGUUCCUGGCUAUACUAAGAAAGUUGGAAAUGAAUGGAUGUAUUCUUCUGCAGUAGAACAACUACUUGCUGAGUAUUUAGAAAGGGUGCCUGAACUAUUUAAUUAUGUAGCCAAGAACAGCCAGGAAGAUAUCUGCUAUGAAGAUGACAUUUGGCCUGGAGAGGAUGAGAAUGGAGCCGAGAAAGUGCAAGAAAUUGUUGCCUGGUUAAAAGCACAUCCUGUGUCUGCUUUGUCUCGUUCAUCUUGUGACUUGCAAAUUUUGGAUGCAGCCAUUGUUGAGAAAAUUGAAGAAGAAGUAGAGAAAUGCAAGCAGAGGAAGAGCAACAAGAAGGUGCGAGUAACUGUGAAACCCCAUUUGCUGUUCAGACCAUUAGAACAGCAGAAGGGGGUUGUUCCAGAUCGAGAUGCAGAGUACAGGCUGUUUGACCGAGUUGUCAAUGUCAGAGAGAACUUUUCUGUUCCUGUUGGGCUACGAGGCACCAUCAUUGGAAUUAAAGGAGCUACUAGAGAAACAGAUGUGCUCUUUGAAGUUUUGUUUGAUGAAGAAUUCCUUGGAGGCCUCACUAUCAGGUGCUCACCUGCCAGAGGUUAUCGCCUGCCCUCAAGUGCCUUAAUUAACCUGUCUCAUGGUAGUCGGUCAGAAAUGGGAAAUCAAAAGCUGAUGGCCAUAGUUAAACCUCAGCCAGCAGUGAAUAACUACAACUCAUAUGCAUCUGAUCUGUCAUCUGUAUGCUCACAAAAAGUGCAUCUGGGAGGCCUCAACCAUUCUCCUCGUUCCCUUUUUGUUCCUACCCAACAACUGAAUGGACGACAGCAUUACAAUCUCAGGGCUGAAAAUCAGGGCAACUCUAACUCACCCCAGAAAGGAUCAUUUCUGAGUGGCAAUCAGAAAAAUAAAGCACAGAGUAAGCAAGAUGAUGAAUUCUGCAGCAUAUGGCAGUCAUUGCAGAGUUCUGGGAAGUCUCAUCACAUUCAACAAAACAUGCAUGAGAAGGGUGCACUUCUACCUCAGGAAAUCAAGCUGGGACCUGGCCAUCAGUUUCAUAAGCCAGGCUUCAAUGACGGCAGCUUUAAAUGUCAGCAAAGAAAACAGGAGCCUUAUAAAAAAUUUAAAGAAGAAUCCAAAACUACAAGAGGUGAAAGUCAACCACAUAAUAAAAUGUCAAACCAACAGAAUUUUGCAGGUGUGAGUAAGUACAAUGUCAAGCUUUUGAAGAGGAAUGGAAGUCCCAACACGCCUUUAAUUCAGAAGGCUGCAGUUGAUGGUCCCUGCCCAGGUGGAAAGAAGGACAAUGAACUGGAAAGGCUUCUAGCUUCUUUGAAAAUUCCCAAAGAAAAUGAAGUGCAGACUUAUUCCAAGGAAGCAAGAGCUACAAACGAGGAACAUCUGUCACCACAGUCAUUUGCUAUGAAAGGAACACAGAUGCUGAAAGAGAUUUUGAAGAUAGAUGGCUCAGAUCUGCAAACAAAGAAUGAAGUGAAAUCACAAGUUAAUGAUGUUCCUGCUCCCUCUAGUAGACAGGAUUGCCAUGGAGCUGCUGUGCAAUACAGACCAACCAAAAAAAUGGCUGCUUAUAUGAACAAGCAUAGCCCUGGAGGGCCCCAGAACACACCAGCAAUAGAAACUGGAGGCCACCCUUUCCCUUGUCCACAGCCUGCACUCUCUACUGUUUCUGAGCUUUCUCGUGUUUGUUCUCUUCUUGGAAUGUCACAACCAGAUUUCUCUUUCCUAAAAACACCACAGACCAUGACAGUUUGCCACAUAAAGCUGUCCAAUGGUUUGUUGGUUCACGGCCCGCAGUGUCAUUCCGAGGCUGAGGCAAAGGAGAAAGCUGCGCUUUUUGCUUUACAGCGCUUGGGUUCUAUAGGAGUAAACUUUGCUUCGCCUCCGCCUCCAGCAGUGUUUCCAAAUUACCAGCCACUAGGAGUUCCUGUACCACCUGGAUCAAUUCCUCCAGUAUUUGCACAGCCCCCUGCUAAUAUGAUGCCUCCAUCGUCGCACAUGUUUGGUCCAGUGUCCUGGAGUACUCCAGUGCCUAAGCAUUAUUAUCCUGGCACCUACCCAGGAAAUGUGUCUCUUGCAGGAACUAUACCAGUUGGUUCUCACAACCAGUUUAUACCUCUGCAGGUAACUAAAAAAAGGGCUGCUAGCAAGAAAAACUUUGAACUCAAGGAGUUUCAGAGUUCCCCUCAAGCUGCACCACUAAAGAAUGAACAGCCAAUGUCUUCUGACCACAUUCAGCAAGAUAGUUCUUCAGCUCCUUUAAAAUCUCCUCAAGCUGCUCAGUCCACUGUUUCAUUUCAAGACAAUGUGGCUACUCCAAGUGUUCCUCAUAACAAAUCAACACCAAACACUUCCAGCAAGCGAAAGCCAAGAAAACUGGCUGUCAAUUUUGGCGCACCAAAAUCUUCAGAAUAAAUCUGUUAUCUUCUUCUCUUUCUGUAUCUGGAAAGGGGACACAGUGACAUCAAGGGCAUAAGGGCAGUCUGAAUACACACUCUUGGCCAAAAGAAUUCAAAUUCAGGUGCAUGAGGACCCUUGAAUAUUGAGACUGUAACUGACAAAUGUUUUGAAGAAUCUGAUAUCAUGAGGUAAGUGGCUGUUCUUUAUUAAAAGAAUCCAUGGUUCCAACAACAGUUCCUUAUUGCUGUCAGUUUUUAAGUGGAUGUUUACUCUUUAUUUUUCUAUAAUUUACACAUUUCCUGUUUUAUUUCUGCUUUGAAAUAUAUUGCAAAUCAAAGGAAUGGUCACAAUGCCAUCAAGUGCAUAUAGUAAACCUGGUUUCUGUUAUUUGAAAGUACAGAAAAAGCAUUUUUCAUUAAAACUUUUUUUUUCUGGUAAAACUUGGUCGAUAAAGCAUCAGUGCAUUGGCAGUGAUUUAUGAAAGUUGAUAAUCACACUUAGUCCUGUAUUUUGUGUAAUUGCAGUUAUUUUUAAUGGCUAGAUCUUACUGAAACAAUGGUUCUUAAGCGCUUUUUCAUCCCUUUAGCUUUUAGUAUAUCCAUUUUCUUGUUCUAAUUAAGCUUCAUUGAUGGCCAUUUUUCUGUCUUUUUAAUAUUUUUUCAUAAUUUCUAGACUUGAAAUAAAUGUUCUUUUAAAGAGCUAUUCAGCCCUGAAUUUUCUAGUUACACAGUACCAUCUUAUGUAUGUACAUACACACACACACAUAUAUAUAUACAGGAACUCAAUCACUCAUUUUCUUAAAAUUAUUCAUAGUUAUGUCAUUUUCAGUCCACACAAUAAUUCUUUAAGAGACAUCCAGAGAAUGAUGGACACUAUCUUGUUAAUAGACAUUGCUCUUCUCCAAAUGCAGAUAUUCCUGCUGAGUAAAAAUAAUGGGCAAAUAAUGAAACAUUAACAGAGUAAGUACACCAGUUUUCACUUCACUUGCUUUGGUAGAUAAAUUCUUGGCUUACAACUUAAUUGUCCUAAAGUCCACCUCAUUUCCUGUCAGAGUUUACUUGUGUUGCAGAGCUGGCAGAAAGGAAGGACCGCUUGUGCCUGAGGCACAGUGCAAAUCCUCCUGCAUGUGGGCGCAGAUUUGAUGUGCAAUCUCUAGUGAUAAUCCUGGAUUAAUCAGUCUCCUAUUACUUGCUCCCUCUGGGUCAUGCCAAACUGUGUUGCCACAUUAUGAACCUUAUCAAGGAAUUAAUCUGAUUGGCAUUCUCCUGUAUGUUAUUUUUCAUAAUAGUUUAUGAUGGAGCCCCAAGAACAGCUGGGUUGGUACAGUUUGUAGUGUGAGGGUGGGAUGAUUUAGCAAGAAUGGAACCCCUUAAGAAACAUCCCAUGACUGCCUAAAGCUCAAAUGACCCACAAAUCUAACAUUAUUCAUCAAGUGAUGUCAUUGGUGGUUCUGUGUGUUGACUUCGAGGAGAGUGGUAACUUCUGCAGGAGUACAGGAGGAACUGAUGAGAAAGGGUCAUAUGGUAAAUUAUUGCAACAUCUGCAUAAAAAUCAUCAUUUUCAUUUUAGUUGGUCUGUUAAGUUUUUAGAUGAGUCUUAAUGAAUGAUGAUGUGGGCUGCACCAGCCAAUGGAGCAACAGAAAUUAGUGGGCUCUUUCUUGUUUGUGUGCAAACUGACAAAGGGCCCCAUGUCAGUGCUUUCAUAAUAUUAAAACUUGUUAAAAAGAUAGAGCUGAGUGGGUAAAAGGGUAACUCACAGUUUGAGGAGGCAGUAGGAAGAUAGAUGCACCUUGACCAAAAAAACAGCUGAGGAAGAGAAGAUAAAACCCCCAUGCAUUACAAAUUUUGGGUCUUGCUCUAUAAUAUUUCAGUAUCUAGAUUCCUUUUAGCAGUGCCACUGGCAACUUUGAUUCAUACUGGAAGCCUUAGGUGAAUGAAGAUGCUCCAACACAACAGAAAUGCACCUGAGAAUACUUUAUAAAAAAAACCCCCAAAACUAGUUAACUAUUCAAAAUACAGUUAGUUUGUAAAUUUUAUUUAAUAAUUUGGUCCUAGAAAAUACCAAGGCAGUGUCAGGAUCAUGUUUUCUUUCUGGGAGUUAGAUCUGCUGGGUCUGUGGCAGUUCCAUCUCAAGGUCUCUUGCAUCAUCCUAUAAAGUCUAUCUAUUGCUGACUGAAGCAUGCCAAGUGUGAUGACAUUGCUUAUAAAUAUUCAAUUAUAUUCAGUAUAAAUCAUGGUAGGGGUUUUGCUGUCCCUGCUAGCAGUAUAGGAUCUUCUUGACGCUGAUGUUCUGCCAUUUGAUUGGUUUUACUGAAUAACUCUUUCCUUUGCUACAGCAUUGUACAGGUCCCUGGAGUGCCUCCACUCCUUCAUUUGGUUUGAAAACCCAGUAAAAAAUAAGACCAGCCACGCUUUCCAGAGAGCAAAGCAGCUGAGGAUUUCAGCAGAGAAGAUGCAGAAGAAUGGGACAUGGCUGCUGAGGUACUUGGUAUGUGACCCCAGGUGUGCCAGCUCCCUCUCUGAGCAGUGGCACCCCCCUGCCCUCACCCAAGCAGGAGGACUCGGGGUGCUGGUAGGGGUUAUGCAGGCUUGCGACCAGGAAAGUGUCCAUGCAGUUUCACUUCAAACUGAAUCUUUCUUGCCUGUGCUAAAAUGAACUUGGGGCUUUUGUGCAUAUUGACAAUAAGAUUUUUCUCUGAGGGUGGCAGAGGUUUUGGAUAGACAAAGAGUGCCUUGUGGGAAUGAGAUUAUUUAUGACCAAUAUAAACCAACACAGAUAAGUCAUGUAUGAACAUGCUCUGCACAUAUCAAAGCACAUUGUGUCUUUUAUUGCAUUCCUUUUAUGGCAUAACAAACACAACAAUAAGAAAUUUGUAUUUCAUAAGCCUCUCAUAAAUUAAGCAAUUUUAACACAUGCUCUCUAUGAUUGAAGAUGACUAACAUUAUGUAUGCAUUGACACUUUGCAAGUUGGUUAAGGUUAUGUUUUUCCACACAUCUAAGUUCUUUGUUAACAUAUUAAACUGCUAGAAGAAAUCAACUUUACAUGGCCACUUCCAUGCAAUCAAAAGGGUAUGUGUUUGUUACAUUAGGAGCUUGUGAAAGAAAAAGGUAACCUGCAUCCAUUUUCUUUUUGAAGUUUUGCUUAAUCUUGCUGUGAGGCAGGCCCUGCUUGUAUUGAUACUGUAAAAGCACAAAGGAUACCUUUUUUAGAUAGAUGACUUUUUUUCUUAAGGCUUCUUAAUUUUUGAAUGUUUGUAGAGGUUUUAGCCUUUUAUACCAGUUACACAUGUUGAAUCUUAUUGAGGUAGCUUUCAUCAGAAGUUCUAAGUAAUUACUAUUAUUAUUAUGCUGUUAGUUUUGAUAAA